UGAGACUGAGUGAAUCACUCUACAGUGUUAAGAGUGUUGAAGAAAAUGGUAUGCUCUUGGAUGAAUUAAGUCGGCUUGCUGGGUUUGCUAGCUCUGAAAAUUCCUGACUUCCUGUUGGUGCUCACGUUGCCACGCAAUCUAACAAGAUAGAAGAAUCACAUCUAUGGUUAUCGGGAAGAGAGUUUAGCACAAGUGUGGACUCUUCUCUUUCUGGUCAUUUCAUGUAUGUUGAUCCAGACAUUUCAGCUGAACUGCGUAAUAAGGUUGUUGAGGCUGCCACCAGAGAAGGUGCCAAAGUUGUAGAAAAAUGGUUUGCUGGUUGCAAUGCCAGUCAUGUGGUUUGUGAAGGCACUUCUGUCCAAAGAUAUCUUGGCUACUCUAACAACCUUGUCACGCCACUAUGGGUUCUGAAAACAGCAAAGGAUAAAUAUGUGCGACGGCUUGUUCAUAUGUCUACUGACUUGGCCAGGCAAAUCAGUAUGCUGAUUGAAGAUUCUCAAAAAGGCAUUGCAAGGAAAAAGAACACAAAGCCAUACUAG